AUGAAGAAGACUCGAUCUCAAGGUGCCUCUGCAUCAUUACGCUGGUGGAUUAUGGCAAUCCCUGCUUUGCCAGUCAGCGCUUACGCCUUCUAUUUCAUAUUUUACACUCCACCAGGCAGCAUCCGCACGAGAACACGUCUACUAUCAUCAAUUCACGGCUAUAUCCAUAUUAUCGCAGGUGGUGUGGCAAUGAUCCUGGGUCCAACCCAAUUCGUCGAGAGAGUUCGCCGAUUAUAUCCUUCGGUACAUCGAUGGGUCGGACGGGUUUACGCGGCAGCCAUUUUCGCUAGUGGUCUCUGUGGUCUACAAGUCUCCAUGAACAGCAACGCAUACCCCAUCGGUGAUUAUGGAUUUGCGAUUUUAGCCAUCUUGUGGAUGGCGACGAUGACCAUGGGCCUUCGCACUAUCUGGAGUGGGGAUGUACCUGGUCACAGGGACUGGAUGACACGGAAUUUCGCGUUGACAUAUGCUGCUGUGAUGCUACGCUGGCAGCUUGCGCUUAUGAUAUACUCUGGAUUGACGCUGUCGGGGGCUUUGACCAUUGCGGCCUACUCUUGUUGGAUUCCAAAUUUUAUUUUUGCGGAGUGGUACAUUGGGAAGAGGAAGAAUCGGAAGUUGGCUAUCGAGUAG